AUGGACAAGCUCACAAAGGGCUGGGUGCACCACCUGCGCAAGACGGCCCGCCAGGAGACUGCUGGCCGCGGCAGUUGUCCUCUCUGCGAGGCCGAAAUCCAGCCUGACAUUGACUCCUUCAAGGCCCAUGUCCGCGCCGACGCCACACGGCACCCCAGCCUCGCCGACGAUGCAGACAUUGAGCAAGCCUUUCAGAACGUCACCAUUCACAGUCCCCUGAACAACCAGGCUGCUGCCAGCCGCGCGUCUGAAGCAACCGGGUCCGGCAGAUCGCACAGAAAGCGGCCGACCCCUGGCCACCUGGAUCUUACGGAUCGGCCAGACGCCAACGACCGCUUAGCGGGUGCCGCGGACCAGCCCGACGCCGGUCAGCGCGGCAGCAAGAAGAUUUGCUCCCCUCCGGCAUCGGUGGCCCAGCAGCGGGGUUCCUCUCCGCCCACGCCGGGACGCAGCCGCGCCAGGCUGAGCGAGGCCGUUGGCGAUUUUGACCGCGGCCAUGCUUCGAAGAAGCUGGGCGGGCGUCAGCUCUGGAAUCCCGAUGAUGAUUCGCACCCCAAGCAGACUGUGGCCCGCCCAUCCCAGUCGGCCUCACUCGGUCAUCCGCGACGCCCCAAGGGUCAUCGCCAGUCUCCGCAGCAUGCCGCCCCACGCUCCGUCUCUUCCGACAGCUUGUCCAUGUCGGAAAUGAUUCGGCAGCCGGAGACGCAGCCGAUAUCGCAAGAGCAGCUCGUUGCCGAGGUCAAGGGCAUCUAUGCCGGCUUGGUCAUGAUCGAGAGCAAAUGCAUCGAGUACGACAGCUCGCAGCAGGCUAAACGGCUGAGUCAGGAGCAGUACCAUGCCCUGAUUGCUCUCCAUCGCUCGGUCCUCCACGAGCAUCACGACUUCUUCCUGGCGAGCCAGCACCCGUCAGCGAGCGAAGCUCUGCGGCGGCUGGCCUCCAAGUACGCCAUGCCCGCACGCAUGUGGCGGCACGGCAUCCACUCGUUUCUCGAGCUCCUGCGGCACAAGCUGCCCGGCUCGCUGGAGCACAUGCUUACCUUUAUCUACAUCGCGUACAGCAUGAUGACCCUGCUUUUCGAGACGGUACCUGCUUUUGAGGAGACCUGGAUAGAGUGUCUUGGAGAUCUGGGCAGAUACCGCAUGGCAAUCGAGGAUGACGACAUCAGGGACCGAGAAACGUGGACGGGCGUCUCCCGCUACUGGUAUAGCAAGGCCUCGGACAAGUCCCCCACCACGGGCCGCCUGUACCACCACCUGGCGAUCCUUUCGCGGCCCAACGCACUGCAGCAGCUCUACUACUAUGCUAAGUCGCUUUGCGUGCCCAUUCCCUUUCCGAGCGCUCGGGAGAGCGUCAUGACGCUUUUCGACCCGCUCCUGAACUCGGCCUCCCAUCAGCGCCUGGAGCCGGCCGACGCGGCCUUUGUUCGCGUGCACGGCAUCCUCUUUUCGGGAAAAUCAAAGGAACAGCUGGAGCCGUCCAUGGACGAGUUCUGUAGCCUCCUGGACGGGCGAAUCGGCAGCGCGCGCUCCAACUGGCUCGAGGCAGGGUACUACGUCGGCAUCUCCCUUAGCUGCUCCCUCUUGGGAUUCGGUGCCAAGUCCAACGUAAUCAUGCAAGCCAUUGCGGAGCCACUGGGUGAGCCCGACGCCAGCGUGGACGAAAGCGGCGGCGCCGAGGCGGAAGCGUACGCGGGCGAGACAUUUCGACAGGCCCUUUCGUUUGCCGUCCGGACAUACGAAAUCGUGCUUCGUCGCUGGGGCGACAAGAACACGCUGUCUUGUCUACACACCACCAUGGUGUUCCUCCUCCACCUGUCCCGCUACCCGUCUGCCAUGGCGUACAUCGAGAACGAAUACCCCUGGAAACUGACUACCAUCAUGCUCAACUACCUGCUUCAGACGAUUGGGCGCAAGCCCAGAAUCGACACGGAAGCGUUCCCGGGACCCGAGAAGGAGGGUGAGCCUCCGUAUCCCCUUCCGGAAGACUAUGCUCUGCGCGGGCUAGUGUAUGCGCAAGACUACUUCCCGGAUAAAUGGUUCGAAAACGAGAGGAUCGACGAGUCUGAUCGAUACCUGGAGCCUCCUUCGAAAGCUUUGGAGAGGCAGGAGCGGAUCCUAUGGAUCGGGCGAAGACUCGCCAGCUCGAGCAAGUGGUUGACUUGGGACGAAGAUGCCCGGCUGUUCUCGGUCGCGCGAGCGUACGACGUUGUGCUCGCAGGCCUACCAGACAAUAGCCCAGACACAUCAAAACGAGGGAACACGCGACCGAGCCAGGACGCGUGA